GGGGGAGUUCUGUGUGGACAGCACUGGCUUAAAGGCUGCCUUUGUAAGGGCUGAACAAGCUUACCCUUCAAGUGCUUAGGGAAAGCUGACUGAUUAUUCUUCCCUUCCAGGGUAAAUGGACUGUCAAAGAAUUCAAAUGUUCUUGAGAAAGGUACAGACUUGGUGUUGACAUACUGAUGUGCCAAACCUGUGGUGUAGGAACACCUCUCAGUGUGUUAAUUGCUGAGUUAGUCUGUAGAAUAUGAAGGAACAGCUUGCUAGCUCCUCAGAUGGAUUUAUUCCAAAACGUGACUGAUCCAUUGCAAAGCAGUGCUCUGUGCUACUCACUCUAGACCUGUCGUAACUGAGAUUUUGUUUCUGCUUGGGAAAGGUCUGCUGCUGCCUUUGCACUGGAAUUCCAAAAUCCUCCACACAAACAUACACCAGUAGGACCUGACUGUUUUUGGGAGGGAAGAUGACAGCAGGGAGGGCUGGCAGUGCAAUGGAAGCCAGCUAAUAAGCAGGUGGAAAAGUGCUGGGGCUUGCUUAUUAAGGAGGUGUGCAGGGAACCUCCCCUGGCUGCUUCUCUGCCUGCAGGAGCUAGCAGGAGGAGGCUCUGGCAGCAGGUGGAGAUCAGACUGGGCCACAGUGGGAGCAUCACCAGCUCUGCUGCUGAGAGAGCACCCUGCCCUCUGGAGGAGUUGCUGGAGCCUGUUCUGGAGCACAUCUGACUGCUACUGCCAACGAGGCCCCAGCCAGCCACCAUGUACUGCCUUCAGUGGUUGCUACCUGUCCUGCUCAUACCCAAGCCCCUCAACCCAGCGUUGUGGUUCAGUCACUCGAUGUUCAUGGGAUUCUACCUGCUCAGUUUUCUCCUGGAACGGAAACCUUGCACAAUUUGUGCCUUGGUCUUCCUGGCAGCUCUAUUCCUCAUCUGCUACAGCUGCUGGGGGAACUGCUUCUUGUAUCACUGCACAGGAUCCCAGUUGCCAGAAUCAGCUCACGAUCCCAGCAUAGUGGGCACCUAGAAAAUCAUAAUCUUCCAGUCUGCUGAGGGCUCUUGUUUUGCUUUUUAAAAAAGGGGUGGGGCUGGGGAGGAGGUGGGUGUUGGGUGUGGGACUGGAGUAAGGAUAACCUAUUUCCUGUAACUGUGCGUGGACUGGAGUGGCAAAUUCUUCCCACUCUGCCUGUGAAAUCGACUCGUUUACUGUGUGAACUCUGGCAGCACCACCUGCUUUUUUAGGAGCAGAAGUCUUUCUUUUUCUUUCCCGUAUCACCGGGAACAGACACCAGCCCUCUCAACUGAGAACUGCUGGAAGCCUGAGCUGCUGGCCCCUGCCCAGCUGGGAGUGCUGGAGUUGUGUGUCACUUGUCUGCAUUAGGCCAUGGGGGUCUAAUUCAGGGCUCUUGGCCCACUGAUCCUGCUUGAAUAGCUACAAGAUUCUCUCAGUCUCUCUUUAUGGGGAGCCAGCCUUCCCACCUUGCUGAUCAAGGGCGAGUGCCACAGCUCACAAAUGGACUUGGCCAGAAGCUGCAGGAGCCAGAGGCAGUUGAGUCAUCUCCUCCUGCUCAGCCUGCCAAAGAGAUGUGUGCACUGCCCAAGUGCUUUCUGAACUUGUUGCUCCGAGAUCCCAGCCUGAAAGCCUCAGUUAUGCUGCUGCUUUUAUAAAGCCAGACAGGCAGUAGAGACUUUCUCUUCCCCUCCUCCUACAUGUCCUGGGUUUACCAAGGUAUUGACCAUUGGGAGAAAGAACCAGCAUGCUGCAAGACACAGGGUUUUGGAAGCCACUGUGAACUUUACCCUACAAAACUCAUGCUAGCCCGAAAGGCUGAGUGUGAGCAGUGCAGGAGAGGAUCCAUGAGGUGGAGGCAAGGCUUGGAGCAGUAAAUGCUUCAGCCAUUUUCAGAGAUAAUCGUUUUGGGCCAGAGGUGACAGAAGGUGCUGGUGCUACUGACCAGAGAAGGGCAGAGGCUGGAAAAAUGCCUGGUAUCUCCAGCUUCCCUGGCAGAAGGAUGUCAAGAAUCCAGGGUGAUGGUGGGUCGGGCCUACAGCCUGGGGCAAAGGUUGGUUUGUGAGAAGCCUUAGAGGUUAGCACAAAACACUUACCUCUAAACUUUGAAGGUUUCCCUCCCCUUUGCCAUCUGUUUGUCUUUCCUUCAGUCUUCUGGUGGAGAGCAGCAGAAGUGGCUGUUGUUGUCCUGAGGCAGUUCAAGCUAUGAGGUUGUGAAACUUCCAGAGUAUUGUUUGUUCAUUGCACAGCUGUUCAAAAUGUUUAAUAAAGCUUUAUAAACUUUG